AUUUAAUUAUCAGUAAGAACACAACUGUCCACAAGUGCGGUCGAGUAUUGAUACGUUUUAAAGUAAAGAACAAUUUUACUUACGAAUUUUUAAAUAAAUAAUUUAUUUAAUACAAAAGAUAAAACAAUUGUUAAAAAUACGUACAGAUCUUUGAUUAAAUUAUUAAUCUCAACUACUAUAUAUACAUUCAAUUGAAUAUAUAUACAUAUUUUGUACGUGGAUAUUCAUUAACCUCAAAUAUUAUAUCUAAUUAAGAUUUAGAUAACUAUUGAAGCAUAGAAAAUAAAUAAACUCAUCAUGGAUGAUGACGGUAGUAUGUCUGUUCGUCUAACGAACGAUGACUUCAGAAAACUUUUGAUGACACCACGAGCAUCAGCUCCGUCAGCAACCCCUGCAUCGGUACCUGGUACAGUAAGAGACGCAAGUGCAAAAACAGCUCAAACUCCAUCAGUUAGUGGUGGUAGUCGUGCUGAAUUACGUAGAAAGAAGAAAAGUUAUUAUGCAAAACUUAAAAAACAAGAGGAAGAUAAAAUGGCUGAGUUGGCGGAAAAAUAUCGGGAUCGUGCUCGUGAAAGACGGGAUGGUACAACUGAUGAAUUUCAACCUGAAGAUCCGAUAAAUAAUGCUAGUGCGUAUCGUGCUGUUGCUCCGGAUGUUAAAUCUGGUAUUGAUGCUGCUGAAAGAAGGAGACUGAUGAUUCAACAGUCGAAGUUUUUGGGUGGUGACAUGGAACACACCCAUUUGGUAAAGGGAUUGGAUUACGCUCUACUCCAGAAGGUACGAAGUGAAAUAGAAACAAAGGAAACAGAGCAAGAGCAAGAAAUGGAAAAACUAGUCAAGCCUAAAGAAAAAGUGAAAGAAAAAAAAGAAGUAGAAAAGAAAUCAGAUGAAAUGCAGUUCAAAACAAAAGUUGGCCGUAAUAUUCACAAAAUAAUAACAACAAUGAAGUCUAAAACCGUUGAAAGAAAUGAAUUAUUUACCCCAGGUCGUAUGGCCUAUGUUAUUGAACUAGAGGAUGAAAAUGCAGAAGUUGAUAUACCUACGACACUAAUAAGAAGUAAAGCCGAUGUUCCAACAGUCGAUGCAACUCCAACAUUAACAACAAAUGAUAUCGUCAUCAAUAAACUUGCCCAGAUUCUCUCAUACUUACGUCAAGGAAGCAGACAUGGGAAGAAAGGAAAAAGAAAUAAAGACGGACGUUCAAAGGGUGAGGAAAUCGGUGAGACUGAAAUUCAAAAUCGUGCACCACAAGACGACAGUAUUUAUGGUGACAUCGGUGAUUAUGUACCAAGUGGAUCUAAGAAAGACAGUUCGUCAUCCAGUAAAGACAAGAGAAAAGGCUCAUACUUCAAUAAACCAAUUGAUUCAAAUGAAAUAAUUGAUGAUAAAGCAAACGCACCCCAAUUGCCCAGUAUAUUAGCACGAGUUGCUGAAGCAGGUGCAUCAGCACCUAAAAAAAUUGGAAUCCAUAAUAAAUUUGCUGCUGAACCUGAAGGAUAUGCUGAGUGUUAUCCUGGUCUGGAUGAAAUGCAAGAUGCGAUUGAUGAUUCCGAUGAUGAGGUUGACUACACUAAGAUGGAUUUGGGCAAUAAAAAAGGUCCGAUUGGACGCUGGGACUUCGAUACACCUGAAGAAUACAGCGAGUAUAUGAAUAAUAAAGAAGCUCUGCCGAAAGCUGCGUUCCAGUAUGGAGUUAAAAUGGCUGACGGACGUAGAACGCGGAAAUAUAAUAAAGAAAAAAAUGAAAAAGCUGAGUUGGAUCGUGAAUGGCAGAAAAUUCAAAAUAUUAUGAACAAACGUAAACCGGCGAGUGGUAGUGCUGAUGGGGCACCAGAAUUUAAAGUUCCAAGAUAUUAAAUAAUAAUAAUUAGUAUUAUUAGCAUUUAUUUAUAGAUAAUAUACCAAUCUUGUAUACUAUAAGACUUGAUAUUUUGUUUUGUGUAAAAAAGAUUUGUUGUAUUUAAUUUUUAAAAAAUUAAAUAAAAUUAUUAUUAAUG